UACCUUAUCUAUUUGUGAAGAGGACAUUUACUGUUUUAUAUCAUCAAAUGCAUAUAGACUUUAGGUUACCCCCAGAAGUUAAAAUAAUUGAUUUUUAAAUUGCUUGUAUAUAAAGGAUUGCUGCUAUUGAAAUAUGCAUCUGACCAGCAACAGCAUCAACUUUAUAUUGGUAGUUGCACUGAUUAUGAUGUUUAACCAGCAUGUAAUAAGCAAGAAUUUAAAAUACAGGAUUUUCGAGGAACAGAUGAUUGGGUCGAUUGUAGCAAGGCUAUCAGAGGAUGUGGCUGAUAUUCUGUCCAAGCUGCCUAACCCAUCUUUGGUCCGGUUUCGUGCAAUGCAAGGAGGCAAUUCUCCAUUGCUUACAGUCAAGGAGGAAAAUGGAGAAAUCAGCAUAGGAGCUAAGAUUGACCGAGAACAGCUUUGCCAGAAAAACUUAAACUGCUCCAUAGAGUUUGAUGUAAUCACACUGCCAACACAGCAUCUGCAGCUCUUUCACAUAGAAGUAGAAGUAUUGGAUAUAAACGAUAACGCUCCCCAGUUCUCAAGGGCACUGAUUCCAAUAGAAAUAUCAGAGAGUGCUGCAGUGGGUACCCGGAUCCCCCUGGAUAGUGCCUUUGACCCAGAUGUAGGUGACAAUUCCCUUCACACGUACUCACUUUCUGAAAACGAUUAUUUUAAUAUAGAGGUAAGGACCAGAACUGAUGGGGCAAAAUAUGCAGAACUUGUGGUGGUGAAAGAAUUGGAUAGGGAGCUACAAGCUAGUUAUGAGCUCAAGCUCACUGCCUCAGAUAUGGGGGUGCCUCAGAGAUUUGGAUCAUCGAUUCUGAAGAUAAGUAUAUCUGAUUCUAAUGAUAACAGCCCAGUGUUUGAGAAGCAAUCUUAUGUUAUUGAGUUACCUGAGAAUUCCCCAGUGGGAAGUUUGCUGAUCGAUCUUAAUGCUACCGAUCCAGAUGAAGGCGCUAAUGGGAAGGUUGUGUACUCCUUUAGCAGCCACGUGUCCCCCAAAAUUACAGACACCUUUAAAAUGGACUCUGAAAGAGGGCAAUUAACUGUAAUCAAACAAGUGGACUACGAGACCACCAAAUCCUACGAGAUUGAUGUGCAGGCCCAAGAUUUGGGACCCAAUUCUAUUCCAGCACAUUGCAAAAUUAUCAUAAAUGUAGUUGAUAUUAAUGAUAAUAAACCUGAAAUUAAUAUCAAUUUGAUGUCUCCUGGGAAAGAAAUUGCUUAUAUUUCAGAAGCUGCGCCCCUGGAUACAUUUGUAGCACUCGUUAGGGUACAGGACAAAGAUUCUGGGCUAAAUGGUGAAAUAGUCUGCAAACUUCAUGGGCAUGGACAUUUUAAACUUCAAAAAACUUAUGAAAACAACUAUCUGAUUUUAACUAACUCCUCACUUGAUAGAGAAAAGAGGUCUGAAUACAGUUUAACAGUAAUUGCAGAGGACAAGGGAAUGCCAAGUCUGUCUACAGUAAAGCAUUUUGCAGUACAAAUAAGUGAUGAAAAUGACAACCCUCCACGUUUCCAGACAAACAGAUUUGAAUAUUUUAUUGUGGAGAACAACUCCCCUGGAGCACACAUUACUACUGUAAGGGCCACAGAUCCAGAUCAAGCAGAAAAUGGUCAAGUUACAUACACCAUCUUGGAGAGUUCCAUUCAAAGCAGUUCUAUUACUACCUAUGUGACUGUUGACCCAUCAAAUGGCGCAAUCUACGCGCUCAGAGCAUUUGAUCAUGAAGAAGUCAACCAGAUUUCAUUUAUAGUGCAGGCCAGGGAUGGAGGGGUUCCACAACUUUCUACCAACGCAACCAUUAUUCUGACUAUUGUAGAUGAAAAUGAUAAUGCUCCUGUAAUUGUGGAUCCUAUCUUGCAUAAUCACACAGCAACUGUUCUAAUCCCAAGAAGAGAAGCUGACAGUGGUUAUUUAGUUACAAAAGUAAAGGCCACAGACAGGGACUCUGGAAUGAACGCUGAAAUGAGUUGCUCCAUAUCAUCAGGGAAUGACUAUAAUAUUUUUGUACUGGAGCCCAACUCGUGUGAAUUAUACCUCAACAUGAGUCUAGAAAGUACUGCUUUCAGAGAAUGGGAUAUUUCAAUUAUAGUACAGGACAAAGGGAACCCCCCUCGAACAACCAAAUCACUCCUUAAAUGUAAAGUCAUUGAAUAUUUUGAUAUUCCUCAGAGUACAGAUGACACUGCAGUCCAGCCUAGUAUGGAUGUCUCCAUGAUCAUCAUAAUUUCAUUGGGAGCAAUUUGUACAGUGCUUUUGGUCAUCAUGGUAUUUUUUGCUACUCGCUGUAACCGAGAGAAAAAGGACAACCGCUCUUACAAUUGCAGGGUUGCAGAAUCAACAUACCAGCAUCAUCCAAAAAGACCCUCCAGACAAAUCCACAAAGGGGACAUUACUUUAGUGCCUACUAUGAGUGGUACCCUGCCUAUCAGAUCUCACCAUCACUCAUCACCUUCUCCAUCCCCAACUCUAGAACGUGGACAAAUGAGCAGCAGGCAAAGUCAACACAGUCGUCAAUCGCUAAACAGCCUCAUGACAAUAUCAUCUAACCACGUCCCGGAUACAUUCGCAUUGGAGUUAACUCAUGCCACUCCUGCAGUCGAGGUGUCCCAACUCCUCUCCAUGCUUCAUCAGGGCCAGUAUCAACCAAGACCAAGCUUUCGAGGAAACAAAUAUUCCAGGAGCUACAGAUAUGCCCUUCAAGACAUGGAUAAAUUUAGUCUGAAAGACAGCGGGCGUGGGGACAGUGAAGCUGGUGACAGCGAUUAUGAUUUGGGCAGAGAUUCUCCAAUUGACAGACUUCUGGGAGAGGGAUUCAGUGAACUUUUCCUCACUGAUGGGCACAGAAUUCCUGCAGCUAUGAGGUACUGCACAGAUGAAUGUAGGGUUCUAGGCCAUUCUGACCAGUGCUGGAUGCCUCCUCUGCCGUCCCCAUCCUCUGACUACAGAAGCAACAUGUUCAUCCCUGGAGAGGAGGUCCAGACCCCACAGCAACAGAACAAUCAGCAGCCAACUCAGCAGCAUGAACCCCAACUGGAGGAGGAAAUGCAUUCUGUUGAUCAGAAUGAAAAGAAAAAGAGCUUUUCUACUUUUGGCAAAGAAUCUCAGGAAGAAGACUCUGCAGAAGCUUGCACAUCUUCCCUCCUCACGGAAAUGAGCAAUGUUUUCCAACGUCUCUUACCUCCAUCUAUGGAUGCAUAUACUGAUUGCAAUGAAGUAGAUCGCACAAAUUCAUUGGAACGCAGGAAAGGACAAAUGUCAGCUAAGGCUGUAAGUUACCCCCAAGGGGUAGCUGCAUGGGCGGCAAACAAUCACUACCAAAACCCUAAUAAUGUUGGGCCAUCUAUAGGCAGCCACUCUAGUGCACAACCAUCCUCCAAGUGGUUGCCAGCAAUGGAGGAAAUUCCAGAGAACUAUGAAGAAGAUGACUUUGAUAAUGUACUUAAUCACCUUAAUGAUGGAAAACAUGAACUUAUGGAUGCCAGUGAGCUGGUAGCAGAAAUUAAUAAACUGCUUCAAGAUGUGAGGCAAAACUAGAUGUUUUAGAAAGCCCAUUCUUCCAUAUUUAUGGAAAAUUAAAAGAAAGAAAACCUUAUUGCCAGUCAGUUGCAUUUAUAAAAAUGUGUCUGUGUAUGUAUAUAUUUAAAAGACUAUUUUCAUAUGUACACAGCAGGUGUGACUAUAUCUGUAUUUUAAAAAUACAUUUGUAUCUUAUAUUUAUGUGUAAUUUAAAUAAAUAAAUUAUAUUUUUUUACUUUGUAUGAUAUGUUUUAAUAAAUAUAUACAUUUUGAACUUUUCACUCUAGCAAAUCAAAGUACACAUAUGUACAGAUAUUUGUAAACUCACAGUUAUCACAGCAAUGCAAAAUGUCAUUCAAUAGUACUAUUUAUAUGUUGAUCCACCACUUGUAGAUACAAUUGUCACUUGUUCUAAUAUAACUUUCAAAAAAUAAAGUGUUGCCUCAGUUUAGUUUUA